AUGGAAAGACGGUCAAAGACCCUCCGAAUGGGGGUGCUGGUGUGGGCCCUUGUGGCAACUUUGGCUGCAGAGUCAUCCGCAACUGGAUCGACCUCGUCACAGUCACCGAAUGCCACUUUGGACCAUGCCUCCGCGGAAAGGCGGCUUCAGACUAGUCCGUUUGUUACAUCCACACUGCCUUCAGGCACAAGCUUGACCGUGCAACUGUUUGGCAGCAAGACUACUUCAGCAGCUGAUGGUCAGGAGCUUCAUUUACUGGCCGGUGAGGUACUCUAUGGUAUUAGUAUAGGCCUUCCUGAAGGAUUCUUUUUCAACGUGGCAGCAGGCCGCUUACGUAUAGUCUUUGGAUACUUAACAGAGGAGGAGGCAAGAAAUGGGGAGUGCGCACCUGAUCAGCUUGGACCCGUAAGUGAUCAGUACGUGCAGGCUCCACUUUCAGCCCGUUGGGGCUCGCAAACAAAUGCGGCACAGGGAGUCACGACGCUUACUGCGGACAUUGCUGCCGGUGCCACGUUCUUGCAAGGUGGGGCGUAUCGCUUAUGCUUCAGUGAUGAUGGCUCAUUCGCCUCAGGUCAUGCUGACUUAUUGAACGUGCUCAUAAACGUACAGGCAUAUGUCACGACACUGCUCCCUGCUGGAACGGGAUUGUUCAUGGUCUUCGCAAACGGCGAGGAGAAAGCAGCCACUGAUGGCGAAAGCAUCAAGUUUAGCGCCGCCCAGCCCAUCAGCAAGAUCUCGUUGCAGCUGCCUUUGCUUUCAGUAAUUGAUUCUGGCUCCGUGCGGCUGAAGGCAAUAAAUGCGACGGUCACGCGCCAGGACGUGCUAGCCGGAGCAUGUGCUGCCGGCUCAAGCAUGGAGCUCAACACAGAGCUCGUGGGCGCUCCGCUGUCGUCUGCCACGGGCGUGACGACGCUGGACUCUCGCGGAAGUAGGCAGAUCAACACAUCAUUUUCGGACCCCAUACCUUUCAAUUCUGCAGGCCAUGCGCUACUGUGCUAUUCAGAUGAUGGAAGCUUUUCUUCUGGCCACGUCGACUUGGUGAAUGUUGAGCUCAUUGCAGAUGGUUUGAUAAGUAGCUGUGAAACAGCUGGUUGUUUGGCUGCUCGCGCUUUCCGCUGCCACGCUCUCCUGGGCAUACCCUCAGCCUACGGCACCUGUGCCGUGCCUAUCGGUGGUGUGCAGGGGGACCUUGGAGUGCUGUCCUGGUCCAGAGGCAUCGAUGGAGUGUAUGGAGGUGAUGGAGCUCCAUUGCCACUACAAACUCCGGUCUGUGGAGCGUCAGCAGCAGAUCCGGCCGCUUUCUGCGCAGAUGCCACGUGUCAAGCCGGAAACCGAUCUUUUCCUCUUGACUCUGCCUCUCUGGUGACGAUGCCGCCGAGCGAGCCACUGGCCAUUUCUCAGAUUGCAAGGGCAACUGCAGUGUGCUACUGCACAGGAUUGAGCGGCUGUGACCUUGUGGCCGGUACUUCGGGUUUUGUUCAGCAAGUCGGAAUCGUCCAGCUGUUCACUGCAUCUGUGAUGCCAGUUGGUGAGUUCUCCUGUGCGACCUCUUCGUCUGGGGUUUUGGCCUCCAUCCCUUUCGUGGCUUGUGUGUUCUGUCCCUACGGCGGCUGCCCUUUCCAGGCUGCAUCACGCAUCCUUUUUGCACGGCAGCCUGAGCCAUGGAAAGCACAGGUUUUCCCAGCAUGGCACCCGGAGCAUCGCUGCCGGCAUGCGGUUCACGAGACCUUCCUCCUGCCAACGGCAGAUGUGGCUUUGCAAGUCGAUGGUGGACCCCGAUCGGACUUAAAACGGUUUCGGCCGGCGGAGGGCUACACUCUACCCAACUGGCCAACUUUUGUCCCAAAAGGGAACUGGCUUGACAUAUGCUUCACGCCGGAUUACAGCGAAAACAACACUGAGUGGUUCAAGGUUGGGGAGGUUGCUGUGUUGGAGGCAUCUCUCGCAGCUUCAUCCACUGUUCCUGGCACGGGCAGUACGACCCCUCCGAAACAGGUUGGCCAGAUUGGACAGGUUUCGAUGUCCAGAUCCUUGUUGCCCUACCGCAAUCCGGAGAAUGUAGUUGGGCUAACUGCUGGUGGGGGCAUCCGCCUUGCUGCCAUGAUCAUCACGGAGGAUAGCUCUACCAGAGAAGCCUGUCAGAAGGGUCGCACGGUUGACGUUGUUGGACUGACUCGCGCAAACGCAUCAGAAUACUCCGCAACGGUACGCGGCGACCGCAUUGUUUUUGACGGUGGUGAGGUUGGCAAGAGCAUCUACUUUCCUGAUGUCGCAACGGCUGUCGUGUGUUACUGCCCAGACAUGGGUGGGCUGGAUGAAUUCGGCGAGCAGGUUUGCCUUGGCAGCCCAUACUGGGUGCCUGUUGGCGCACUUGUGGUGGCAGGCCCCGUUGCAAACCAAUACUGGCUGUUGCCAACCAUGAAGACCUUCCGCUUCGAGUAUCUUGGUGUCAACUUGCAGGACGGCGACAUGCUGCGACUCGUUCUGGAAUCCUCCACUUGCUCUGCUUUUGCUCCUGCCGAGCGGAUGUGCUUGCGUCCAAAUGAAGACCCCAUAAAUGGCCAUUCCCUUUGCACCAGCAACUUUCUGACCGAGAACACAGGCUACAUGCGUACGACGACCCUCGCCUCCGAUCGCGUGCGCUGCAACGAGCUAAACGAAAACUGUGAGACGGUUCCCUUGACACACCUGGUGACCACCGAGACCGGUUUGCAACUGACCUUUGCCGGGACCACCUACUCGGGUGGCGGAUUGGGCAACCUUGGGCUUAAAGACGGCGACACGAUUGUUCUUGGAGCUGGAGUGCAGUGCGGUGAGAACUGUUCGCAGCCAAUGCUGGACAUGGCAAAGGGCUUUCUCGUGUUCCAAGGCUUGCAAAACUACCUGCCGUUGAAUGAGGCGGAGGGCGACGUGGCUGCAGAUGCCGUUGGCGAGAGGCAUGGUACGUUUCAAGGUGUCGGCGUGCAGCGCACGCCAGGCAAGUGGGGUGCCUAUGCGCUUCGUUUUGGGAAUGGCUCGUCUUUGAGUCUCCCUGCUGGAAGUCCAGUUGAAGCGACCGAAGCCUGGAGCAUCGCUUUCUGGGUGCAACUUGAGAAGGAUGGAUGGUAUACUCUCUGUGGGAUGGCAAACAACAAUGGCCUCUUCGAGGAUGGAGAAGUUGAAAUAGGUGUGGCCUCAGCCCCUUGGGCGUCUGGCAGCCUCUACUUGCGGCAGGCUGCGGGCGUUUCGGGCGACGAUCAGGCAAUGGGCGAUGCUGUGCUCCCAAUAGCGCAGUGGGCACAUGUUGCAGUUGUAUAUGCUGGGAGGAUGAGCGGCAUCCUGCGCUUCUACAUUGAUGGAGCACUGGCGUACGAGCGCCUGGGUGUCAUCAUGAAUACGUCGACAUUGCCGCUGCAGUUCGCUGGACAGGUGUGCUCGGAAUAUCCGGGAGGCAACAAUGCCUCUGAUGGGUUCUUGGACCUCGACGAGUUGCGCUUCUACAACGUGCCUCUCAGCUCUGAAGAUGUCUUGGCUCUGGCCAACGCUUCAGAUGGCGGGGUCGGAGACCAGAAUCAGGACCCAGGUGCACCCAUUGGCAUUGCCAUCGCUGAAACCUCCAAUCCAGCGGUCUUCACUGUGGAGCAGGGCAGCUUCGCAACAGCUCCAAUUCCGCCCAGAUUCUAUAUUGAUGGGGGGCAGUGGCGCCGAACCAAUCGAGGCGUCACGCGCGGCGAACUGAUGUCCAGCUCUGCGAGGAUGUUGAGAGUCUGCUGGGAGCGGGAUGGCCGAGCAGCUGAAGCCGGCAUCCUGGAGUUUGAAUCGCAGAGCAGUUUGACAGAGCUUGGAAUUUGGCCGACGCAGCGGGAGUGGGGGCAGUCAUCUCCCUUCAUUCUGACCUUCCGGACGGGGCGCGCAGACGCAGCCGGGAGGCGCUACGUCGAGGCUGACGGGCAUAUGAGCCUCUCGAUUACAUUCCUGAACCAGGCAGCUCUCCGGCACAUGGGGAGCAGUGCACAGGGCCCCUUCGUCAGUUCCUUCAAUAUCGGCAGCGAUGAGUGGGAGGAGGCAACGCAGACAGUGUGCGGUAUCGUCUUCCGCGAACUGUGGAGCAGCGACCAGGCGAAGGGCUUCCCCUUGCCGAAGGGUUGCUUCUACCGUGGCUUGACAGUUGACAUGCGCGGAUCCUGGAGCCUAUAG